AUGAAUAAUAAAUUAUUUAUAAGAAAUAAACAACAUAUAAAUUUAGGUACUAUAGGUCAUGUUGAUCAUGGUAAAACUACUUUAACAACAGCUAUAUCUUAUUUAUUAAAUUUACAAGGAUUAUCAAAAAAAUAUAGUUAUUCUGAUAUAGAUUCUUCUCCAGAAGAAAAAAUAAGAGGUAUAACUAUAAAUACAACACAUAUUGAAUAUGAAACUUUUACAAAACACUGUGCACAUAUAGACUGCCCUGGACAUUCAGAUUAUAUUAAGAAUAUGAUUAUAGGAGCAACACAAAUGGAUAUAGCAAUUUUAGUUAUAUCUAUUAUAGACGGAAUUAUGCCUCAAACAUACGAACAUUUAUUAUUAAUAAAACAAAUAGGUAUUAAAAAUUUAAUUAUUUUUUUAAAUAAAGAAGAUUUAUGUAACGAUGAAGAAUUAAUUGAUUUUAUAAAGUUGGAAAUUAAUGAAUUAUUAACAAAAUAUAAUUUUGAUUUAAAUAAUAUACAUAUUUUAACUGGUUCAGCAUUAAAUGUAAUAGAUAUUAUACAAAAAAAUAAAAAUUAUGAAUCAAUUAAAUCAAAUAUUUGGAUACAAAAAUUAAAUAAUUUAAUAAAUAUAAUUGAUAGUAUACAAAUACCUAUAAGAAACAUAAAUGAUUAUUUUUUUAUGUCUAUUGAGGAUGUAUUUUCAAUUACUGGUAGAGGUACAGUAGUUACUGGAAAAAUAGAACAAGGAUGUAUAAAUAUAAAUAAUGAAGUUGAACUUUUAAAAUUUGAAAAAUCUUCUAUUUUAACAACAGUUAUAGGAUUAGAAAUGUUUAAAAAACAAUUAAUACAGGCCCAAUCAGGGGAUAAUGUUGGAGUAUUAUUAAGAAAUGUUCAAAAAAAAGAUAUUAAAAGAGGUAUGAUUUUAGCUACUCCUAAUAAAUUAAAAGUAUAUAAAUUAUUUACAGCUGAAGUAUAUAUAUUAACUAAAGACGAAGGAGGUCGUCAUAAACCUUUUAAUAUAGGAUAUAAACCUCAAUUUUUUAUAUAUACUGUAGAUGUAACUGGAGAAAUUAAAGAUAUUUGUUUAAAUAAUGUAAGUCAAAAAGUUGCUAUCCCAGGAGACAAAUUAACAUUAACUGUUGAAUUAAAACAUUAUAUAGUAUUAACUUUAAAUAUGAAAUUUUCAAUAAGAGAAGGGGGUAAAACUAUAGGAGCAGGAAUUAUAACAAAUAUUAUAAAUUAA